AUGUCCUUCAAUCUAGGGACGGCGACCACAGAGAAUCAUAAGCGCCAGGGGUUUACAGACAAUCGACGGAGUUUCCGAAGGAAGAACCAACAACAGCCUAAUAACAUUACUACUUCCAACCAAUCUACAAAUAUCAAUCGCCCUCGUCAGAAUAUCAAUAUUACUAAUGGAACUACUAAUUUCAAUAAUAAGCGCCUGAAUAACACAUCUUCAAAUCAACAGCAGCAGCAUAACCUAUCAGGCAACAAAGGAUCUGGAACUAAACGAUAUCCUAAAACUAGACCACCGAGAUCAUCCAAUUCCAAAAGGAAUGCCACAAAUGACCCCCAUAAAGAAUGCGUUAAUUCUGUUGGAAUUGAGCAGAGUGAAUACGAAGAUAAAGAAAAGGUCGUGAUACCACCCCAACAUGCUCAGCAAUUGCAGUCGUACACAAUAGACGAAAUAAACUUAACUGGACCAGUAUUUGAUCAUCCUGAGCUGCUUGGGUUUGUCAGUAAGCAACGACAAUCACCAAGAAGACCGAUCCCUGCGUAUCUUUUACCCCAUCCUCGAUUACUUGUGACUCCAAUUUUCCACAUGAAUGAAUGGGAUAAGGCAAACCAAGCGAAAAUGCUUCAAAUAGAAGCUUCAAACUCUGGUAAUGAUUUUCAAGGCAUUUACGAAUUAUUUCAAAAGAUGAGAGAGGUGGAAAGAACCAAAAUGGAGGAAUUGGGUUUAGUAGAUGCUGAGCACACAGCAAAAGAUUUGAAUGACGCUAUUGCAUUUCAAGGUUCAUGUUUGGACAUGUGUCCUACGUUUGAGCGUGUUAGAAGAGCUUUAGAGAACAACGUUAAGAAUUUUGAAAAGAACCCCCAAACAAAUCGAAUUGAUAGAUCAAGAGCUGUUAAAGCAUUUUCAAGACCAGCUGCGGGCCAGCCACCACCAUUACCUUCAGAUGUAAGACCUCCUCAUAUAUUAAAGGACACUCUAGAUUAUUUGGUGGAUAAUGUGGUAAAUCAAUUGCCUGAUGGCCAUUCGUUUCUUUGGGAUAGGACAAGAUCCAUACGACAAGAUUUCACAUAUCAGAAUUUCUAUGGUCCGGAAGCAAUUGAUUGUAAUGAACGAAUAGUUCGAAUUCAUUUAUUAUCUCUUCACAUCAUGGCUGGAAGUGAUGUGGAAUAUUCUCAACAACAAGAGUUGGAGCAGUUCAAUAAGGCCCUUCAGACAUUAAUUGAAAUUUAUGAUGAUAUUCGCAACCAUGGUGGGAAGGCACCUAAUGAAGCUGAAUUUAGAGCCUAUUAUUUACUCAGUCAUUUAAGAGAUCCGGAGAUAGAACGUGAAAUUCUAAGCUUACCUGAAGAUAUAAUGUUAGAUUCGAACGUUCAAUUAGCAUUAUACUUUAGAAGCAUUACUUCCCAAAAUAAUAUAGUGGAACGGGGCCACAUUAAUGCACCGGGAGCAAGCAACUUAUUUUAUGAUUUUUUUAAUGUGAUCUACAGUGAAAAAACUCCCCUCCUUAUGGCAUGUUUAAUGGAAACCCAUUUCAAUGAAAUUCGUUUUUAUGCCUUGAAAUCUAUGUCCAGAAGUUAUCAUAGUAAGAGUAAGAAGUAUCCUGCUCAUCAAUUAAAGGAUCUUUUGGGGUUUGAUACAAUUGAAAACUUGAUUAAAUUUGUAACAUAUUAUGAUAUUGAUGUUGGUUUUGACAAUGGAGUUCAAGAAGUUGAUUUAUUCAAUAAAGAAAAGCUCCAAAGCAAAUAUAAGUUGAAUUCAUUGAGUGAAAAGGCUCGAAUGGCCCAGCCUUAUUCUCCUCAGUUAGAUUCCAAAAUAUCCGGUCGCCCAAUGUCUUUCUUUAUUAAUAGUGGUUAUCUGAAUGUCGAUUUAGGUUUGAAACAGCCACAGGAACGGCCAAUAUUACGUACCGAAAUCAAGCUGGCAAUAAAGUCGUCGGCGACACCUAUUCCUUCUUUAAACACGUUAGAAUCUGUUCAACCUGCUGGAGGUUUUGGAUCAAAUUCUGGUGGCUUCAAUACAGCCCCUAGUGCUCUGUUUUUCAAGAACAAUAAUGUACCAACAUCACAGACAACUUCAAUAUCGUCUACUUUUGCUGGAAACAACCGUAUUGUCUCAGAUAAUAGUUCAACUUUGGGAUCCAAUAGUUUAGCCAAUAAUAAGUUUCUGUUUGGUGUGCCUUCACAGAAACCACUUACAAAUUUACCUGAUAAUAUUGCCAGAGGAGUAUCCGUCAAAGAAAGUACCGUUCCAACCUUUCAUAAACCAGAGUCUGGGACAUUGAAAUCAUCCUCAGAUAGUGAGAGAAUAAGUCUUCCUACCUUCACUCAACUGAUUUCUUCUUCUGGUAGAAGCGAACCUUCGAUCAGCAAGCUUCUGAUUCCAACUACCUCAAAUAAAUUGGAAUUGAACCCCCAGGUUAGCAUGAAGGUUAAAGCCAUACCGUUGUCUUUUGCAAAUUCUGUAAAAGAUUCUAAGCAAAACCACAAAUUAGUUGACAACCUUCGUUUCAAAGAGGCCACUCUAGCUUUUUUGAAUGAUCUUAUUGAGGAUAUUGUAACGAAGCUGCUCUCAGAAUUAAUUCCAAAAAUAAUUGCUUAUGACAACAACAAAUGUGAACGAGACUUGAUUAUCCAAACCUUAAGUAAGGAAUUGCUUAGUGCAUUCGUUUCAGAGUUCACGUACGAACAAUUGCUCAAUUCUUUAGCUGACUAUCACUACAGCGCCCAUGUAAGAAAGAGGGCAAUUAGGAAGAUAAUUGUUGUUGGGCAAAAAGCACGGACUAAACAAUUAUAUCAAAGAAAGAAGCUUGAUGAAUUAUCUUCAGUGUCAUUUAGAGGAAGGCUUACAAAACCAACCCGACCAUUUUCAGAUUCUUCUGCAAAUUCAUCAUUGAGUUCAAUUGCUUCUUAUUCUACAUCUACUCAUAAUCGCAAACGACAACGGGUAGUGUCAACUUAUGACUUAAGUUCUCGGAAGAAGGCUGUUCGAGAUCUGUGGGACCCCUUGGACCUUGGAAUGUUUCUUGCUGAAUGCUCUCAUAAUGUCAAACUUGGCAUAGAAAGGCAUGAGAUUAGCUUAAAGUAUUUGCUCGUUGUUGAAGAUUGGUCUACACCGUAUUCCAAAUGGCUUAAGAACAAGUUACUGUUAAAGCCAAAUUUACAAAAGAAUAUUUAUGAGAAUUGUUUAUCGGACGGUAAAUUGGAGAUUAAUAUUGUUAGUCUUCCUGGGAAGGAAAAGUUAACGAACGAUUUUUUUAUAAAUGCUGGAUUUAUGUUAUUUGAAUGUGGAAUGGUGAGUAAUAAUGAAGAUUCGACAACUUCCAUUAAAAAAAAAUUAGAGCAUGAUACUAAAGUAUUGGCUAAAUUAAUUCAAAUGAUAACCCAAUUUGGAUACUACAAAGUUCAAAUUGUUAUAUUGUAUUGGAACAAUUCGAAUGAAAACUUGAGCAGUGACGAGGCACGAGAGAUAUUGAAGCUUAAUGAUUAUUCAGGUGGUGAUAUUAUUAAAGAAAUUGUUUUUUGUGAUAUGACCAAACCAAAUGGUAAUGUUAAUGCUGAAUUAUGUGAAGCGUUUUCGAUUCUUGGGUCAAAAUUCAGAGGAGAAUUAACCCCUAGAGGUAUUAAGAAACGACAAAAGAUUAAGCAUAUUAAAGAGGCUGACUCUGAGUCAACCACUACCAUCCCAGCACCAUUAUCCAAUUCACAACCCACCACGACAGAUCGAUUCAAGGAACGUGAAGAACAAGCACUUAAGCAGGGCAAAUUACGGCGCAAGUAUGGAUAUUUACAAGCAUAUGCAAGGACCAACACGGGAGAUGAUUCAUUUAAUCGUAGCAUGAACCGAACGGUCAAUAAUAACUCCACGUCUACAUUUAUGAAUCUACUCAAUAGUCGCUACAAUACAAGUACAUCUAUGAUCAAUGCUCUGGGGAUAUCCAAUACUUCUAUAUUGAAAGGAAUAGGCUAUGGAAUAGAAUUGGAAAGUACACCUGUCUCAAGUCCCAAGCCCGAUCAUGAUAAGAAUGUGGGGUUCAUUAAGCCUACGGUUCCAAAGCAAAUACAACAGCUUCAUAGUUUAACAGCAGGGAUUUUGGCCAAAUAUAAAAAACAUUGA